AUGACAGAAUGUGAUGGAAGACAGCAAAAUGAGCACUACGCAACCUUGGCGAUAACGCUUCCUCUAGAGACGAUUGUAGUUCGUGUGGUACGAACUCAGCCCGAGAGCCGUGGUCCCUGUUCUGGAGCCUGGGAAACGAGAGUCUGGAACACAUAUCAGGUGCCUUCCGACGAUAUACCCACUGAUGACGGUGUCAUGCGAGAUGGGGAGACGAUUUCUGCAUGUCACUGGUCUGAUUGGCACUCGAUUCAGAUUACACGACAAGAGGCUCGCAUUUUACUCCGGCCAUCCUUGCGACAGCAUGCAAACUCAAUCACCUUUGACAGUCCCUUAUUGUUGGCUGCCUCAGCUUCCGGGGUGCCAUUUGUGGCAGUCACUUAUCGCGAGGCUGGCGAUAUUUAUCUGGAGAUACUGCCAAUCUCGAUCAGUGUCAGCCUUGGGAGAGCUAGAGCGACUCGGAUCCAAUUGGCCCAUGAUCCAACGUGCUUAGAGAUUAUACAACUUGAUGGCAAAGCAUACGUCUUCGUUAGCAUUCGCGAGUCGGAGAUUACGCUAUUCCGAGUCGAAGAUGAGCGAGCUCCCGCCUGUAUGCUAUCAGUGGCUCUAAAUCAGUUUUGUGAAAGUGCCUUGGUUCUGCUAUCGAACGGACAGCCAAUGCUCGUCUGUGCAACACGUGAUGGAUAUCUGCUCAACACAAUACUCACCAUCGACACUGAAGGUAAAUUUAGCUCUACAGUAGGCAAAUACUUAGCUAACUGGCAUCAGCGAUAA